AAAAAAAAUAUAAUAACCGAGAAAAGAACAGAAGAAACUCGAAGAACAGCUGCUACGAUGCUUCUGAAAAUCUUCCCCCAUGCAUGGAGUUGAAAAUGGCUCCUAAAGACCAGCCUCAAGUGGGGGAUAGAUUGGGUUGUCGGUUUGAUUUUGGAUUGUUUUGCUGAAGGGAAGAAAAGGAGCAGUGUUGGUGUAUUCGUCUCUGGAUGUUUGAACAGGUUCUAUUGAACGAAUUGGUGGGCUGCAAAUUGUUAACAUGUUGGUAGUGUGUUGUCGUUAAAUUUUAUGGUUCUAUUCUAAUGGAGCGAAGCAUGCGUCUCGUGAUCAUGUCCUAUGUUGGCUGAUUUUGUUAGGUUUUAAAAUGGCUACAGUAUUUUAACAGCUACAUAAAUAACAAAGUUAUAGAAGCAGUGAAAAAGGGCAGUUUAGUAAAUGACUACACUGAAGGGGUCGAGAUGAAAUUUGGCAUGUUAUUAGAUUAGAUUUAUCAUAUAGAAGCUCUUGCAUAGCAAAGUUGGCGGGAAUCCAAGCAGGAAAAGGUCCACAGUUGACCAUCCAAAGCUUAGCUUAGAAUCUGAACAUCAGAAAAUGUGUUACUGCUGUCAUUUUCACAUCAGGAGAAUGGACUAGUGCUCAGAUUCUUUACUUCUGUUGGUGUAGUUUAGCCCUAAAUUUUUUUAUGGCAUAAGUAUGCAUAGAGCCUUAAAAUAAGCCAAAAUUGUGUCCCAUUCUAAUCUAAAUAGCUAAUGUUAUGAAUUUCCAUAGCUAAACUUAAUUAUCAGAACUUUUACAACAGAAAUAGAUUAAUAGCUAACUUUGAUAUUGUACCAAUGUAAGAUUUGGUGAAUUUUAUUAGUAUGAUCCAUGCUAUGAUGCUGUUAGUGGUGGGAGUUGGUGCUGUUAGUGUCUUCAUGUAUUACAGGGGAAUGCUGCUCGGAAAUUAGGACAUUUAUGAAGUUUUGGUUAUCCAACGACCUUGAACUGAUUUUAUGAAAAUUUGUUCAUAGUAUAACUUCACGCUAGACUUAAGCUUUUGAUGUAGGAUUCCUAUUGCGCUUGACAUGUUUCUUUUUGAAUAUUUAUGCAUUAUUAUUCCCUUUUUUCCCCCUUUGGAGAGGUGGUUUGCAUGGCCCUGCAUUCAGAGUUUCUCUCAUGCUUUGAAUAAAUUCUGAUUGGGUUGUAAUUUUUACAGUGCUAUACAAUUCUUGCAAAAAGAUAAAGCAAUACAAGACAAAAGGUUCUCUAGUUUUAGUCAGCAAUACAAGACAAAAGGGUUUUAGUUAAUUGCAGAAGAAAAAUAAAAAUGAUGAGCUAGCCUCUAGUGUGGCGCAACUUGCUCCUCAUCAUCCCCUUUGAAGUCUGAAGCCACCUUUCCUCCUAGGCCAAAUCUCUCAAUUCCAAUAUAUAUAGCAAAGUUAGGGAGACAUUAUUAUAGCAAGAUUAAAGAAUCAAAAUGGGAAUUGUGGAGGAAGCGCACAACGUGAAGAUUGUGGGAUUAGGUGUGCGUUUCAUAGUUUUGGCUCAUGGAUUUGGCACUGAUCAAUCAGUGUGGAAGCACCUUGUACCUCAACUUCUUGACGAUUUUCGCGUUGUUCUCUAUGAUAACAUGGGAGCCGGCACCACUAACCCUGACUACUAUGAUUUUGAACGUUACUCAACUCUGGAAGGCUACGCGCAUGAUCUACUCGCCAUUUUGAAGGAGCUACAAAUCAAUUGCUGCAUCUUCGUCGGUCACUCGGUUUCUGCCAUGAUUGGCAUCAUUGCUUCUAUUUAUCGCCCUGAUUUCUUCUCAAAGAUCAUCAUGCUUUCCGCAUCGCCUAGGUAUUUGAACGAUGCGGAUUAUUAUGGAGGAUUUGAGCAGGAAGAUUUGGACCAAUUAUUCGAUGCAAUGAGGUCCAAUUACAAAGCAUGGUGCUCGGGUUGGGCCCCUCUGUGCGUGGGCGGAGACAUGGAAUCUGUGUCAGUGCAAGAGUUUAGUCGAACUUUGUUCAAUAUGAGGCCAGACAUAGCGCUAAGCGUGUUGUAUACAAUUUUUCACUGCGAUAUGAGGCAAAUUCUGAGUUUUGUCACUGUACCAUGCCAUAUUAUACAGAGUAUGAAGGAUAUGGCGGUUCCCGUGAUGGUUUCAGAGUAUCUUCACCAACACCUCGGCGGUGAGUCCAUUGUGGAGGUUAUGUCAUCGGACGGCCAUUUGCCGCAGUUGAGCUCGCCUGAGAUUGUUAUUCCGGUGCUUCUCAAACACAUUCGCCAUGAUAUCGCAGCGGGAUUGUAACUGGUGAUUUUGUGGAGGCAAGAUCAUCAUUCUGCGGGCUGCGCCCCGGAAAAUCUCCUCCUAGAUGCUUGGAACCGGGGAGCAUUGGCCUUUAUCUUUAAUAUUAGCGUCUUGUAAUGAAUGUCAUUUUAUGAGCUUAUGAGUUUAUUUUGCACAUGACCCA